UGCCCACAUGCUUAUACACCCCCUCACACCAUUUUCAGGCCUGCAAAUCACCAAAAAAGCUUGCCCCCUUAUAAUCAUUAUAAAAAACAAAGCAUGCAUACCAAUGUGUUUUGUUUAAAUUUUCCCCACUGAAAAGAAAAGAAUUCCAUAGCUUCAUGCCCUCCACUGACCAUAACCACCAUAACCUGCAAUAUAUUGCUGAUCUUUCAUCUUAUCUUCAAAGAGGGAUUUGGUUUUUUUUUUCUUUUGCUUUCAAAGAUACAGAUUUUUGGGUUGUUUCUUGAAAACCCAUGGUCAUGGCAAUGGCUGUGAUGCUGGUGGUGGUGAUUCUGUGUGUUUUCAUGGUGGUAGGUGAAGCUUCAUUGUCUGAAUCUGAUAAGAUUUUGAAGCUGCCUGGACAACCACCAGUUGGGUUUCAACAAUUUUCAGGUUAUGUGACCUUAGAUGCCAAGAAAAAGAGAGCCCUUUUUUACUAUUUUGUUGAAGCUGAAGUUGAUCCAGUUUCAAAGCCAUUGGUUCUGUGGCUGAAUGGAGGACCUGGAUGUUCAUCACUGGGUGUUGGAGCAUUUUCUGAGAAUGGACCUUUUAGACCAAAUGGUCAGGGUUUGGUUAGAAAUGAGUAUAGCUGGAACACAGAGGCAAAUAUGUUGUAUUUAGAGACCCCAGUUGGAGUAGGGUUCUCUUAUGAUUCUUCAAAUUCCUCUGGUUAUGAAGUUGUCACUGAUGCAAUAACAGCCAGGGAUAAUCUUGUGUUCUUGCAUAAAUGGUUCUUGAAAUUCCCUCAAUAUAAGCAGAGGGAUCUGUUCAUUACAGGAGAAAGUUAUGCAGGUCAUUACAUACCACAACUUGCAGAACUCAUGGUUCGAUUCAACAAAAAGCAUAAGCUUUUCAAUUUGAAAGGAAUUGCUCUAGGAAAUCCAGUUUUGGAGUAUGCUACUGAUUUGAAUUCACGGGCCGAAUAUUUUUGGUCUCAUGGCCUUAUAUCAGAUUCGACGUAUAAAUUAUUCACUUCUGCAUGUAAUUAUUCGCGUUAUGUAAGCGAAUACUAUAGAGAUUCGGUUUCACCCAUAUGUUCCAAGGUUUAUAGUCUAGUAAGCAAAGAAACCAGUAGAUUUGUGGACAAAUACGACGUUACUCUAGACGUUUGUAUUCCAUCCGUGCUCUCCCAAUCCAAGAUCAUUAGUCCUCAGCAAGUAACCGAGAGGGUUGAUGUUUGCGUGGAAGACGAAACUGUUAAUUAUCUGAACCGGCGUGACGUCCGGAGAGCCCUACAUGCACGCUUGGUUGGAGUCCGAAAAUGGGAAGUUUGUAGCAACAUCCUAGAUUAUGAACUGCUCAACAUCGAGAUACCUACGAUCAACAUUGUGGGAUCACUCAUCAAGGAAGGAAUUCGAGUUCUAGUUUAUAGUGGUGAUCAAGAUUCCGUAAUUCCUUUGAUGGGAAGUCGGGCUUUAGUCAAUGGACUCGCUACAGAACUGGGACUCAAAACAACUGUACCAUACAGAGUUUGGUUCGAGGGACAGCAGGUCGGAGGAUGGACUCAAGUUUACGGAAAUAUAUUCUCGUUUGCAACCGUUCGAGGUGCAUCACAUGAAGCUCCAUUUUCGCAACCUGAGAGAUCGCUGGUGUUGUUUCGAUCAUUUCUAAAAGGAAAUCCCUUACCAGAUGCGUUUUGACAGUUGAAAGUACAAAUAUCUAUAUAUAAUUUGGAUUUGAUUUGGCAUUUUGUAAGUAAAUUUUGUCAUAUGAUAAUUAAUGGUAAUUUGUAAUUGAGUUUUUACCUUUUCUUUUUGAAUUUUUUUAACUUGUAAGUGUUGGUCGAAAUUGAAAGAACAAUUGCGAGA